ACCGCAUCUCUUUUGGUCUUCAUUUCAUCUCUCAUUUUCACUUCUUCAUACAAGAGAAAGCAAGUCUUUCUCCUACAGUAAUUAUUCGACCUUAGUCCUCUUUAAUAAUAGCCAUCAACAUGUAUGCAAAAUUCCUUACUUCUAUGAUCCUGGGAUCCACCCUCCUUAUGCCGGCGUUGGGACAUAUGAACAUGAUGUCACCACCUCCUAUGCGACAUCGGGAUAAUCCUCACACCGAAACGGCUGACGAGAUUUACGAGUUCCCUUUGAAAACCGAUGGCUCCGAUUACCCAUGCAAAGGCCAUAUCGAUGCCCUCGGCACCCCGGAGGGCAAACCGGUUGCAACAUGGGCCGCUGGUAGUGCGCAGACUUUCACGUAAGUUCGACAUAUCUCUAAAGCGUUCGGUAUCAAGUGCUAACAUGUGUAAUAUACAGUCUAGAAGGAAGCGGCACCCACUACGGCGGAAGCUGUCAAGUCUCCCUUUCCUACGACAAGGGGGAGACCUUCAAGGUCAUCAAGAGCUGGCCAGGAUCCUGCCCUAACCGUGAAAGCGGCUCGGACCAGACUUUCAACUUUGACAUCCCGGAGGAAGCUCCCAGCGGGGAGGAAGUCAUAUUUGCCUGGUAACCAUCCCGCCCGCUCCUUUCCCUCCCCUCUUCCGUUCAUAUAGCUAAUGACAACCAUCUCCGACAGGACAUGGAACAACCGCGAGCGCGAAUUUUUCCAAAAUUGCGCUGUCGUAACCAUAACCGGUGGUGGUGCUGGAAUCUCAAACCUGCCGAACGUCCUCGUCUCGAAUAUCGGGAAUGGCUGUCUCUCCCCGCAGACUACCGCCGAGCUGAAAUAUCCAAAUCCGGGCGACGUUGUCGAGCUCGGCGACGGGGAGUAUCCACUUGUUCUUCCCACCGGCGACUGUUAAGCGGAGAGUUUUUGCAUUGUGUCGCCAUUACAACCGCUUGUUUUGUUUCUGCCUGCCCAUCUCUUCCCCGCAAAUGUCUGGACACCCAGGAGGUGUCUACCUGUAUUUUUAUCACCUUUUUUUUUUGUUCUCUUCCCCCAGGCCUGUGCAUCAAGUUUAUAUAAGCUAUAACCGUAGAAUACAUAAUUAUUAUC